ACACAUCAGAAAGUCUCAAAACUGUUUAAAUGGGUGCAUUUUACUGUGCAGUCUGUCGACAGACAGACUUCUCAGGCAAACGCCACAUCUACGGGAAAAGCCAUCAGAGCAAGCUUAAAGUGGUUAUUGUAAAAUUCAUGGAGAAGGUAAAGGAAGCUCGACGAACCAUAAAGAACCCACAGGUGGACAAGUAUGAUUGCUCUCAGCACGAUAGUAAAUUCUGGUGUUAUUGUUGCGGACUGGAGGUGCCCAAACACGUUACUAAUGGCAAUCUCACUGUGUUGCACGGAGGCCUGCUGGAGCACAUGAGCACGCGAGAACAUCGGACAAACACGCACAAGUUCUGGUGGGAGAAUAAAGCAGACCCCAAGCUUAGAGACAAGUUCAUCAUUACAGAAGAAGAGACGGAAAGAUUCAAAGCAGAAGUGGCCAGAGCGCUUGAAAAAUUUGAGGAGAAAGAGGAUACGCUUAUUAAGCAACAUGCUGCUUUAAUCCGAUCACAGGAGCAAAACAGACUGGAAAUUUUAAAGUCUGUUCUAGAGCCUGAUCCAGAGCCUCAGUCAUCUGCCACAGAGGGCCAGCACAGCGUAGAGCAGCCAACCAGUUUUGCGGGUGACUGGGGAAGAAGCUUUCACAGUAGGUCUGGUGGACUGGUGGAGCAGCCGGGGCCCAGUACAGAGGAGCCAACACACAGCCGGUGGACAGAACCCGGACUCGGCUUAACUUUCAUUGGCUAUCAGGAUUCCUCCGGCAGUGGAAAUGUUCACACGGGGGGUGUUCCUCCGUGGCUGCAGGAGGAUCCUGAGGAGGAAAGAACAGAGCAAGAAAUCGGCCCCUCACUGCAAGACUUCCUGAAACACAAGGAGCAGGAGAAACUGAGAAAACUUCCUCCAAACCGUGUGGGGGCUAAUUUUGAUCACAGCUCACACACCGAUGCCAACUGGUUACCGUCGUUCGGACGCGUGUGGAACAACGGCAGGCGAUGGCAGUCCAGGCAUCAGUUCCGAGAGGAAGAAUCCAAAACAAACAGACGAAAGCGAAGACCAGACUCCGGAGGGAAGGGACCAAAGAGACAAAAACAACUAAGUAACGGAGAUAUUCCACACUCGUAAGGCGAUGCGUAAAUGCCACAAACACCAAGCAAGAAAUGUAUAAUGUGAAUAUGAAAAUAGGUUUAACCACGUUUUGUUAUCGAUAGAAGUUAAAUUGAAGCGCUCUAGAAUCAAUUUGGACAAAACUCUUGUACAAAAACUGCCUAUAUGUACAGGGGCAUCUCUAAGUUCUGUAUGGUGUAAAUAUGUUUGAUAAAAUAUGUUCAGACAUUUUGCUGACAAAUAGUUAGCGAAACAGAUACUGAACAUUUCAGUUUUUUUGAACAUGUGCUACAGUUGAUGAGACAUUGAGAUGUCUCUCAUUUGUGUCCAUCCUCUUCAUCUUUCACUGGAGUAUCAAACUAGAUGGAAGGUCUAGACAUGAAGCUAACAAAAAUAUAACACGCAUGAAGGUUUUUUUGUGUGGAUUAAUGAUUACUUUCUCAUACUGAGAAUCCAUUAAUUAUUCAGACUAAAAAAAAGGA